UGAGUCUUUGCAAAAUGUAAUUUUGCAAAACAGCGGGAUGUUCCAAACUGCUGGCUGCUUCAGAGAUGUGAAGACUUCUGAGAAGCAAGCUUUUGUAGAGGAGUAUCUUAGAUGGUACAUCCUUGAGAGAAACCACAGUGCCAUUCAACGAUUCAAAGAUGGACUGGCAAGUCUUGGUUUUUUCGCUGCACUGCAACAGCAUCCCAGUGUCCUGUCCCCAGUCCUGUGUUUCUCUGCCAAGGCCCUGACUGCUUCAGACUUGGAAAACAUGUUCAAACCAGAUCUCAGCCCAGUAGGAAGCAAUAGGCGGCAAAAGGAGGGCAAAACAGUUGUGUUCUGGGCAGAUUAUUUGCUUGAUUGCGAAGAGAAAACAACUGCUGUGUCUCUAGAGGAGGUCCUGAUGUUUGCUACAGGUCUCGCAGCAAUUCCACCAGCGGGCAUGAUGCCAUCCCCACAUCUGGAGUUUUUGAGUGACUCACCCUUUCCUGUUGUGAACACCUGUGCAAAUACACUAAAAUUACCACUUUCUGAAUCUUAUGCUGCUUUUAGGGCUAACAUGGACUUUGGAAUACAAAAUGCUGCGGGAUUCGGAUGCUACUGAAAAUUUCUUGGCAGUCUUGUUUUAAUUCUGUUGCGAUUCAGCUAAUUUUGUUACAGUUACUCCAUGGGCCAGACCAUGUUGCUGUCUAAUUCAGAGUGGCAAAACCUUGCCCUAAUUUCUCAAAAGAUUAGAUAUGAUUUCCCUUAUAAAGUGAUAGUUUAGAAAUUGCUAUCAGCACAAUCCCUUUGUGCAAACUAUGUAUUUUUGUUUUUGAUGUUUUUCUUACCAUAAUUUAAAAGAUUAUAGCAAGACUUUGCCACCUAGACAUAGCUAUAAGCAAUUUAAAAAAAAAUUAGAUCUGUAAAUGUAGAUUUAUAUCUAGACUUGAAUUAAGAGUUUAAUGUGUGGAAAUUUCAUCUAAGUUCAGACUGAAUGCACAAUUUGGUGUAUAAAAAAGUUUAAUACACUUUGUUUCUGUUCUGUAUAACAAUGAGGUUUUAUUUAAGAAAAAUCAACAGGAGACAAAAUAUUAAAAGAUUGGAUUCUGGCUUUUGUUGUUCACAGCCUCGCUGUGUGUUUGAGCAAUAAAUACAGUUCCAUAGCUGA